CAGCGCCUUCCUGGCGGAACACGGCUCAGCCAAUCAGCGCGGACGUGGCCGGGCGUCACAUGACAGAGAGCGUUAUUAGGGGCGUCCUGUGAUUGCUGAUAUUUAAUAAUCAUGCCUACCACCCAGCAGUCACCCCAAGAUGAGCAGGAGAAGCUGUUGGACGAGGCUAUUCAGGCAGUCAAAGUCCAGUCAUUUCAGAUGAAACGCUGCCUGGACAAGAACAAACUGAUGGAUGCACUGAAACAUGCCUCGAAUAUGUUGGGGGAGCUGAGGACUUCUAUGCUGUCUCCUAAGAGCUACUAUGAACUUUACAUGGCCAUUUCGGAUGAGCUGCACUACCUGGAGGUCUACCUGACCGACGAGUUUGCCAAAGGGCGCAAGGUGGCCGACUUGUAUGAGCUUGUUCAAUAUGCUGGGAACAUCAUCCCUAGACUGUACUUGUUGAUAACGGUGGGAGUUGUCUAUGUGCGCUCUUUCCCUCAAUCACGGAAGGACAUCCUGAAGGACCUCGUGGAGAUGUGUCGUGGGGUGCAGCACCCACUCCGAGGCUUGUUCCUCAGGAACUAUCUGCUGCAGUGCACCCGGAACAUCCUGCCUGAUGACGGGGAACAAGCAGAGGGGGAGAUGACUGGAGACAUCAAUGACUCGAUCGACUUUGUCCUGCUGAACUUUGCUGAGAUGAAUAAGCUGUGGGUGCGGAUGCAGCACCAAGGCCACAGCCGGGACAGGGAGAAGAGGGAGAAGGAGAGGCAGGAGCUGCGUAUUCUCGUGGGGACGAACCUGGUUCGCCUCAGCCAGCUGGAGGGCGUUAACGUGGAGAAGUACAAACAGAUUGUACUGCCUGGAGUUUUGGAGCAGGUGGUGAACUGCAGAGAUUCCCUGGCGCAGGAGUACCUCAUGGAGUGCAUCAUACAGGUCUUCCCAGAUGAGUUUCACCUUCAGACGCUGAACCCAUUCCUGCGCGCCUGUGCCGAGCUGCACCAGAACGUCAACGUGAAGAACAUCAUCAUCGCCCUGAUUGACAGGUUGGCCUUGUUUGCCCACAGAGAAGAUGGGCCUGGAAUCCCUGCUGAAAUCAAACUAUUUGACAUUUUCUCACAGCAGGUUGCUACGGUUAUUCAGUCCCGUCAGGACAUGCCUUCGGAGGACGUAGUCUCAUUGCAGGUGUCUCUCAUUAACCUGGCCAUGAAGUGUUACCCUGAGCGUGUGGACUAUGUGGAUAAGGUUCUGGAGAGCACUGUGGAGAUCUUCAACAAGCUCAACCUGGAGCACAUUGCGACCAGCAGCGCCGUCUCUAAGGAGCUGACCAGGCUAUUGAAAAUUCCUGUGGACACCUACAAUAACAUCCUGACUGUGCUGCAGCUCAAGCAUUUCCCACCGCUCUUCGAGUAUUUCGAUUACGAGUCACGCAAGAGCAUGAGCUGCUACGUCCUCAGCAACACCCUGGACUACAACACCACAAUUGUGGCGCAGGAGCAGGUGGAUGCUAUCCUGAACCUGGUAUCCACACUGAUCCAGGACCAGCCGGACCAGCCUGCAGAAGAUCCAGACCCAGAGGACUUUGCAGAGGAGCAGAGUCUGGUGGGCCGUUUCAUCCACUUGCUGCACUCGGAGGACCCCGACCAGCAGUACCUGAUUUUAAACACAGCCAGGAAGCAUUUCGGAGCUGGGGGUAAUCAGAGGAUCCGCUACACGCUGCCGCCGCUCGUGUUCGCCGCCUAUCAGCUGGCCUUCCGUUACAAAGACAACUCUUCCUCAGAUGAUAAAUGGGAGAAGAAGUGCCAGAAGAUCUUCUCUUUCGCCCACCAGACCAUCAGUGCGCUGAUAAAGGCAGAGCUGGCCGAGCUGCCCCUGAGGCUCUUUCUCCAGGGGGCACUAGCAGCCGGAGAGAUCGGCUUCGAGAACCAUGAAACCGUGGCCUAUGAGUUCAUGUCUCAGGCUUUCUCUCUCUAUGAGGAUGAGAUCAGUGACUCCAAAGCCCAGCUGGCUGCUAUUACCCUCAUCAUCGGCACGUUUGAGCGCAUGCGCUGCUUCAGUGAGGAGAACCACGAGCCCCUUCGCACUCAGUGCGCUCUGGCCGCCUCCAAAUUGCUGAAGAAGCCUGACCAGUGCCGUGCCGUCAGCAUCUGCGCACACCUCUUCUGGUCUGGCCGCAACACAGACAAAAAUGGAGAGGAGAUCCGUGAUGGGAAGCGCGUGAUGGAGUGUUUGAAGAAGGCCCUGAAGAUCGCUAACCAGUGCAUGGACCCAUCCCUGCAAGUGCAGUUGUUCAUCGAGAUCCUCAACCGAUACGUCUGUUUCUAUGAGCGAGAGAACGAUGCGGUCACCGUUCAGGUUCUGAACCAGCUGAUCCAGAAGAUCCGUGAGGACCUGCCCAACCUGGAGGCCAGUGAGGAGACGGAGCAGAUCAACAAGCACUUCCACAACACACUGGAGCACCUGCGUCUGCAGAGAGAGUCGCCGGAGUCUGAGGGUCCUGCGUACGAGGGCCUCGUGCUGU